AUGGCGGUGCCGGCAAGUUUUACUUAUCCAAAAGCUCGAAGAGAUGAAAGUGUUAUAGAUGAAUAUCAUGGUACAAAGAUUGCUGAUCCCUAUGUUUGGCUAGAAGAUCCGGACUCUGAAGAAACCAAAGCUUUUGUUGAAGAGCAAAAUGCCAUUACAAUGCCUUAUUUAGCAGACUGCGAAAUACGAGAUAACUUCAAGACAAGGUCAGCAAAAAGCUUUUAAUCUUACAAUUUAAAAGUUGAAAAUAAAACUGUAUGCUUAUUUCUUUUAUUUUGAUCGAACUGGAAAUAACUGUAAGUUGAUAGUAUCGAGGCAGUUUGAAGUACAGACUGUAAAGUGUUUAUGAUUUUAUUUUCCGAAACAUGCACAUGUCUCGCAUUUGUUCGUAAACAAUACCCCAUUCAUUCAAGCAACUCCAUUUUGUUUCGUGAGUAAAAAGAUAUUGAUAGUAGACAUUGUGGGAAAUGAAACGCUGGAAAGUUAGAAUGCUUAGGGACCGGUCAUUAUUUAUGUGGGGGGGUGGGGGGGAUUUUUUUUGUUUUAGCAUGAAAGAAAAAACGUGACCCACCCCUUUAAGCCCAUUAGUUAAUUCUUGACCCACCCCCAUAUAACUUUAUAUAAGAGGUGACCCACCCCCAACCCCCUUCAAUCUAUACCUCUAUAAGGAGUUCCUGUUCACUGAACGAAAUCAGCAUAUCUUGUGGACCAGUGUCCUACUCUGUGGCCACUUCUUGUUGAUGUGCCUUCUUGUAUUGUUACAGUAUAACUGUCAUCAUCAGAUUCACUUUUGCUUUCACUUUCAUCACACAAAACAAGGUCAUUGUCACUGUCACUCUCAUCACUAUCCUCACCAACACUGACGCUUGAAGGAAAUGUAGAUUCCUUUGAAGUUUCAUAAUAGUGUACUGUGAUUCGCUUGAUUUUGUCGAUUUUCUUUCCGUUCUUGCUAAGUUUAUUAUGCUAAAUGUAUUUGUCCAACUCGGGGACAUGUUGUUAUUGGACAGUUGAAAAUCCUUGCUUUUUAGAUGGUCACAAAUAGGAGUUCAAUAGCUCCAUAUUACAGUCAAACUACCUGAAGCGUGAACACCUAGACAUCAUUAUUGAUUUCAUUAAUCGAUUAUUGAAAAAAUAAGUUUUGCAAUAUUCAAAUCAAAACCAGUUUAAAAAAAUUUGCUUUUUUAUUGAAGUCAUUAAACAAAAAAUAGUAAUUCAAUUAAAAAACGAAUUUUCAAACUGUUUUUGAUUUGAAAAUUGGAAAAAUUUGAUUUCACUAAAUUGAAUAAUGAAUUCAAUAAUCCAUUAUUGAAACCAAUAAUGAUUUCUAGCUGUUCACGUUUUAGGUAGUAAAAGUUCCCAGACAGUUAUAUUAAGAAAAGGAAGCAUGCAAGCCUUCUCAAUAGGGCUUAUGUUUAUUUAUUGAUAUUUAGUGCCCACAUCUUUGAUUCUCCAUACUUAGGUUGGAUUGCUACAUGUGACAUCCAGUUGUGUUAUAUUUUAUGUCCAGCAUUGCAUUAUAAUUUAUUUAGAUCUUCCACAUGAAUUGUAGUGAGUGUGAUUCUUUACAAAACACACAAUGACCCACCCCCAAUCAUCGUGAAAUUCUCUUUUGGCCCACCCCUUUUCUCUAAAAGAAAUAGGCCUGGCCCACCCCAUGAUUUUUCCCCCCCACCCCCCCACAUAAAUAAUGACCGGUCCCUUAUUUUAAACUCGUAAUGCUUUGCACGCGUAGAUUAAUGGAAGUGUAAUUAUCCACCAUUUCUCCCUCCCCUCCCCCCGCAAGGACCCAAGUGUUUUUUUAGAGCAACAAAGUAGUUAACUGCCUCCCCCACCUAAAUUUAACUCCCUUCCAAAGUAUGAUAAUCCCAUAAAUAAGGUAUUAGCCAAAUAAAUUGGAUGGCAAGGUGGGAGAGGGGGUGAGUGUAGGGGUUUACUCAAGGUAGGAUUUUUAACUGGGUGACAGUUAUCAAUACUUUUUCUAUAAAAAAAAAAAAAGCCUUAUUAUGUCUUAACUUUAAAGCAAGAGGGAAAAUAAUCCCAUUAAGUUGGAAGGAGAAACUCCCAUGAAUUAGGUGGGGCCAUCUAAUCCUUACCUGAUUUCAGACCAAAAUAUAUGAAUUUCGCUAUCCUAUUGCAUAUGUAACUAAACCAGUGUUCUCAAGGGAAAAAAAAUUAAUGAUCUCAAAAUAUAAUUAAUUCCAGACCUUGUUUUAACAGAAUGCAAAACUUUACCCUUUUUCAGGCUUAAACUCUAUUCCCAACUUAAAACCAAACUGGCCUGAAUAACAUUAUAAAAAGGAGUAUUCCUACCAAGGGUGAAAAAUAAUGCUUCAAGUCUUGGAAUUUUUAUUCCACCUGCAGGCUAACUAAAAUGUGGGACUAUCCAAAGUAUGGCUGUCCAUUUAAACGUGGUUCAAAGUACUUCUACUUCCACAACUCUGGGCUUCAAAACCAAAGGUAAAAUCUACUAUAUUAACCUUCUAUGGUAGUUUUUUAGAAUGAUUAAUUCUGCAUUGUGACAUAGUGUCAAUAUAAUUCAUUGGUCUUGAUCUGUGCAAAUAACUCCUGGAAAAUCUUAAAGUUGUGUGUUUUAAAAAGCAGAAAAUAUCACAAAUUUUGUUACAGUUAUGAUUAACAAGGAACAGAAAUUUAUCUUUUCCAAUUAGGUAUUUUUAAUCAUACUCAAGAUUAAAGAAAUCAGACUCCUGCUAGUGCUUGUCUGAAUUUGUUAAUUAGUCAUAAUUAUAUUAUAGACUGAUUUGUACUCCACGCAGACCUACUACCAUAAUAUAAUUAUGUUACCAUGUACCAUAUUUACAUCAAAUUUAGCUUGAAUAGUAUCAUGACACUGACUUUUCUACUGAUUUUUCAAGUGUGAUGUAUGUUCAAGACUCACUAGAUGGUGAGGCGGAGGUAUUUCUUGAUCCUAACAAGUUGUCUGAAGAUGGAACCAUAGCGCUUGUGGGAAGAUCAUUCUCUGAAGAUGGACAGCUUUUUGCCUACUCUCUUUCACAUAAAGGAUCUGACUGGGUUACAAUUAAGGUAUUGAUGUCAUGCUUUUGUUGUUAUAGGCUUUUAACCCCUUUCAUGACUUAUUGAAUAAGCUAAUACUGAAAAAAACACAUUGUUUGAAAAAAUGCUUCUUUUUGAGCUAGUUUUCGGCCAAUUAUCUUGAAAAUCCUAAAAUAAGAAUAAAAUAAAAUUUGCAACACUGAGGGCAUGUAUUGGAUGCAGUCAGUACUGCUAAGAGGUAAUAUUAUGUCACAUCCAGUUCAUGAUUUUUUCUGACUCCUUUGUCUUUUUAAUAAUUUCAGUUUAUGAAGGUGGAUGGUAAAGUGCAGUUGCCAGACUCCCUAGAAAAUGCAAAAUUCACUAGCAUGGCAUGGACACAUGACAAUAAGGGCUUGUUCUACAAUGUAAGUUUUUAGUUGUCCAGAGAACAUCACUGUAAACUUUACCCUGUGGAGUGAGGGUACCUUCCACCGGCCCUGUAAGUGGCUCCUCUGACAUAACAAUGCUCUAUUUAGGAUGCAUUACUAAAAGUAAAAACUGAAGACUGAUUUCCAUUUACUAAAUGGUCUUAGUAAUAUCUGAAAGUAAUGUAUGUUAUACAUACCACUUUAUGUAGGGUCAGCAAUGUUAACAAUGGCGUGAAGAGUGAUGUUGAAAAUGUCCUGAGUAAUAAAUACAAGGUUGUCUGAGAAAGCUGGUAAAUUUGAAGCAGGGUUGUCAGGAUAAUGAAAAACGUAGAUGGAAAAAAGUUUUAAUAAGUAGAUGGUCUUAGUUGAGUAAAGAGUUUAUUGUAAAAGAAAGGAGUGCCUUUUACAGUGCACAGCAAUUAACAUUUGAGGGUAGAAGGGGACCACCCUUUGUGAAAUAAAUAUUUUACAGCUGCAUUUCAAUUUCAUAAUUUUUUUAUCUCAUCAAACAAAGCAUUGAGAAACAAAUAAAAAUGGAUUUUUUACACUUUCAUGACAAUCACUAAGCAGUAAUUUUUGCCGGGCCCCAAGGCUUCUGAAGAACCUGUUUUAAGCUCAGUAACAUAAAAUGGGAAAGAUAAGAUACUUAUCGAAUAAACUUUUACAUAUUUAGUAUUAUUACAUAACAAUCUAUACUUUUAAAGAACAUGUUAUUACUACUGUAUCACUGUAUUUUAAGAUUCUGUUUUUGACCUGAUAGAAAUAUCCGAGUAGUUCUAAAGCUGAUGGAACAGUCACUGAACUAAAUCUUAAUCAAAAGGUAAGUUUGAAAUAUGUUUGUCUUAUUUUGCAACAAAAGUGUAAUAUAUUUAAUGAAGUCAAUCAGCCUGAAGUCUAGCUGUAAGAGGUUUGGUGAUGUUGGGCUUAAAAGUGCCAUUGGGAUAGGGUCAGAAUGAGAGGCCAUUGAAAAAUAACUUAUGCAAACAACUGCCUAAAACCAAAAAUUCAUUCUCUGUUGUUAUUUUUUUUGUGACAUCCAUAAUAGCUUUAUUACCAUGUUCUUGGAACCAGCCAGUCAGAAGAUGUUCUUUGUUGUGAGUUCCCGGAGCAUCCUAAGUGGUCUGUGUAAGUAAUAAUUACAGUAUGAAAUUACUGUUUUUUUUUUUGGAAAAUAUUUAGUCCAGUAAUAUUACUCACAUGUAGCUCAGUAAUAUAACUACAUGUAUUAUCGUCAUCAUCAUCAUUUUAUUUCAUAUAGCAGGUUAUAUAAAAAAAAGGGCAACCUAAAGUUGAUGUGGACCUACUACAGUAUUACACCUGUACACAUAGAUGCACACAUGUUUUUAAGAUUAACCAAACUACUGGGGUCUAUAUUUCCAAUGUUCCUUUUCUUUAAAAAACAGUAGUUUUUGCAUUCCACAGUAAUCAGCAGCAUAAAAGAGCUGUGGUACAGGUCUGACUAUUAUUCGUCAUUACCUGAUUAACCAUUAUUUUGUGGAUGCCAGAACAUAGGCAGCACCUUCUCCUGAGUUUUUUUAAGACCCUGAAUGUUGGUCUGGCUGUGACUUUCCUCUUAGACAGACCAGUGCUUAUUUAAUUGAGCUAACCAAAGGGGCAGUUGGCUCAGUUGUCAGUUACUUUGUUUAGAGAAAACUACACCUUAACUUGGGUUAUGUUUGCUGUGUGCUGACUUCUCUGUGGUGUCUGUAUUCUUAGCAACUUUGUACAGACCUAAAUGUUUUCUGUUGAGGCAUGUCUAGUAAUUACCUAAACUUUUAGCACUUGCUUUCUUGUUUUUGUAGAGGUGCUGAAGUCAGUGAUUGUGGACGAUACGUGAUUUUAACUCCACACGAAGGCUGUGCUCCAAUGAACAGACUUUUUUACUGUGAUCUGGAGAAGCAAAAAGAUGGAAUUACUGGUAAUAAUACAACAGACUAGAACAGUUCAGAAUCAGCUUCUGUCCAAGUAAAAAAAUUCAAGUGCUAGAAACUGCAAAAAUUAGUUCAAUGCCUUACAUUCACUCUUGGCUCUCCAACUUUUAAUUUUUGUAUUAUUUAAAUUUAUUAUUAUUUUUUUUUUGUAUAUUUUUUCAAAUGAUUUAGCUUAUGCAAAGAGAGUUCAGGAAAUAAGGUGUUUGUGUAAUGGCAAACUGUAUAUUUUUGUUUAUGAUUGUUUUAGGUAAACUUCCUUAUGUGAAAGUGGUGGACAAUUUUGACGCUGAAUAUGAGGUAAUGUCAUAACAAUGAUGUAUUCCCUUGGAAUGAUGGUCAAUAGACCUCUUUAUCUUUUAUGUUGUAAACUUUGUAUUAAAUUGUUUUAACUCAUUUUGCUUUGGUUUUUUAUCUAGUACAUCACUAAUGAGGGGACCCUCUUCACUUUCAAGACAAACUUGAAAGCUCCAAGAUACAAAUUAAUCAAUAUUGACUUUUCAAAACCCGAAAUGGUAAGUACAGUAUGAUUGCAAAUGUCCUGCAAAAUGACGUUGUAGACGAUUUUUUGUAAAAAGAUAUUUCAAUUUGUUGUCUGUGUAUUUUUUUACAAUAACAGUUGGAUAAAUGUCUCCUCAUCAGAAGAGAAAAUUUCCUUCGCUUACCGGUACUCACUUUUGAUACAUUUGAGAAAAGUGAAGGUGUUUGUCCGUUAACAAAAUCUCGCUUGUCAUUGCUUUAAUAUUCAGGAACACUGGUCGACUCUUGUUGAAGAAGACGAGCAAGAUGUUUUAGAAUGGGCCUCCUGUGUCAAGCAGAAUCUGUUGGUUCUCUGUUAUCUUCAUGACGUCAAGGUCCGUAAUGUUUUUAUGGUGGUUUCUUGUUUCUAUUGGUACUGAAUUAUUCUCUCCUAAGAAGGAAGUCAUAAAAAAAAACAGAGAUAAAGGCCGUGUUCAGGCGUUUUUGUUUAUAUUUGCAAAAGCAUACAAACUAAUACAUAUGAAAAACAGCUCCCAAAAUAAUCUGUGACGGAAAAGUUUACGACAGCCGCCGUUAACUGUCUUUUUUCCAGUACUUGCAAAUGUUUCAGUUAUAAGCGUGGAAAUUGGCUUUAUAUUUAAUUCAAGCUGCGAUAAGCGGAAGAAACAAAGUUUAAAAUACUCACGUUUUCUGAUGGUUGUUUGCGUAAAAAAGUAAAAACUAUACUCCUCACUUUGACAACGGUAAACGGCAACAAGCGUGAUAAAUGGCGGGAAAUGGUGGUCGCGUGGGCGUCCUUGAUGUUCCCGCGCUUGCCCCCGCGCUUUUGUAUGUGAACAACGACGUGAACAACUGUCUUCAUUCAUGAAAAUGAAAUACGACGUUGUUACUAAUUUACCCUGUUUUUUACUUUCCAGAGCGUUCUUUACCUUCACAAUUUGUCGGGAGAAAGGCUGAUGAGUUUCCCACUCGACAUUGGUAGCAUUGUUGGUUAUUCUGGGCGGAAAAGAGAUUCAGAGGUAACACAUGAACAACUUGAACAAACCAAAAAUGUGGAACAUCAGUUGUUUUGUCCGCGGAAGCCCUUGAGGCUCUCAAGAACUCGUUUUACAUGUGUUCUUGUGUUCCAUAUCGAACUAGAAUUUGUUAGAAUUGUUUGUUUUUGAGUUGAGAGGGAAAAGGCCGGAGUAUACAGUGAAAUAAUUUCUCGUAGCAAGAAAGAGACUUCAGCCGACCAUUCGCGCCGUCUCAGAGAUGCAAACUUGGGCAAACCUUGCUCCCUUUAAAUAGCUAAAAUUUCAGGAGUUUUGCAAGGGGAUGCGAAAAAAUGAAAGAAUGAUCACAAGUGGUAAAACUCAGGGAGGAAUUCUGAGGCCCUCUGGCGCUGUAACCUUCAAAACGACGGCAACGGGAACUUAAAAACUAAAUAACAAUAUGUUUAAUGAGCUACACAUGUAAACUGUCACUCUGCACGUGCAUCACGCUUUUUGUUACAUUUCGUCCCCAUCACUGCACAAUUGCCGCUACGUUCACUCAGCGUCGCAAGAAUUUUCGACCGGUUGAAACUUCGUGUGUUUAGUUUUUCCGUUCAAACGGAAUCACCUUAACAGUAAGAAAACUUAGACGUCUAACUUUUCAGAGGUCCGUCUGAAUAGAGCGAAAAUAUUGAACGGUUCCGUGUGAAGGAAGUAGUCAGUCAAAUUUUCAACCGGUCGGCGAAAACUCAUCUUGUUAGGGACCUUAAGCAACAGCGACGACGACGACGGCAGUGAAAACGUCUCUAAAAAAUGAAUUUACGUCUUUUUAAACUUUAUCGCGUCCAUUUGGAUCCGCUCAAUAUUUCAAAUGCAGGUGACUUUUCCUGGAGUUGAAUUCUUAAGGAUUUUAGUCAGGUUCAAAAAGAGGAAGGAAAAUUCAUCGUCGUAAGUCCACGUCCUCCUUAAAACGUCAAAUCAGGAGGUUUCACGUCGUAGUCGUUUAUUUUUUUACUCCUUUUGUGGACUCCGCGACGUAAACACAUGACGGCAAAUGUUUCUUUCUCUUUCUGAACUUCAACGUGGACUCUAAUAAUGCAGUUGCAGGAAAACUCACCUAGAAUAAUCUCCAUCAAGUUCAGAAAGAACGGGAAUACGCUUUAAAAGUGACUAAGCUUCCUAAUAAUUGUUGGGCUCAACACUGCUUGACCCAACCUGGAACCUUGGGCCAUCGAAUUUUUAUUUUUGAAUAACAAAACUUACAACUAACUACCUUUUCUUUUUGCAGAUUUUUUACCAGUUAACUUCAUUCCUAACCCCCGGAGUUAUCCACCAUUGUGAUUUAACUGAAGACAACAUCCAACCCAAGGUUUGUGUCUUAAAUUGCCUUCAUUUCAGUGACAAUAAAUGUCAUAUUUGCGUUUUUAUUGCUGAAGAAAACUGUAUUACAGUUCAUUGCAUAUAGCUUACACCAAUAAACAUUGUGUUUUAAGAACGAACUCCGUCCUUCUUCCAAUUAGUUGUGAAAAAACUAAUAAGAUAAGACCCCUCUAUGACGAGCCCUCCAGCGUAAAAAAUGACACUCUCUGCCAGGCGGUGGCGCUAAAUAACCAUGUUUUUGGAAAUGACAGGUUUUCCGCGAAAUUAAAGUGAGUGGAUUUGACGCCAGUAGUUAUCAGACCGUGCAAGUGUUUUAUCCAAGCAAAGAUGGAACCAAGAUUCCGAUGUUCAUUGUUCAUAAAAAGGUAAACCUUUGAUUUACUUACACACGUGAAAAUGUAAUGUCGCAUAAAGAUCUGGCUCCAGUUGUUCAAGCGUGGGAUAGCGCUAUCCACCGGAUAAAUCACUAUCCAAUGAAUAAGUAUUGGAGAAAAUAAUUGCACUAUCCACUAGAUAUAGAGGAUAUUACAUGGCCGCUUGGAGAAACGAAAUUUCUCUUCUCGUGUUGAAAAAAUAUUUCACUCGUUCGCGCAGUUCUAUUUAUUAUAUAAACAACAAUGAACUACCAAACCAUUUCACUUUAAUAGUUUUUUGGUGUGAAAGGCGCGAUUUAUUAUGUAGCCAUAGCAACGGUGAUAUUUUCACAUGUGAAGAUAACAUGUUAUUUUCACAUGUGAAGAUACCAAAUUUUCGCGCGAAAGUUCACCUGGUAUUUCAUUGGUGUUUAUAUAAUAAAGAGAUUUAUUCGGUGGAUAGCGCUAUCCAGCCUUUGAACAACCGAGCUAUGGUUUAACAAACCAGGAUAUUAUGAAAAGGGGCAACGUGUAACCGGUAACAAGCAAAUGGAAGGGUUAAAUGAAAAAUGGGAGCGAAAACCUAGCUUAAAACCCUUCUAGCACUAUCAGUAACUUAAUGACCUAUUCCCUGUUUUGUUUCCAUUUUUCAUAUUUUUCUGUUUCCCGUUUUAGUGACGAUGUCUUGGUUUGUUAUGUAGGAGCUUGAGCAGCGACGAUACGCACGACUAUAUAUGGUUGGAGUCGCUCCACCCACCUAGUCGUUUUGCUUACUCUAUAAACACCUGAUUGCCUUUUCCAGCGAGCUUGAUAGCUCAUUUGGGGUGACUUCCCCAGAACUUAAUGCUCAUAAGCAAUCGAAAAAUGGAUAAUGGACUAUUUUAAUGAAUGAUGUAUAACAGAGUGCUUUUGAGACAAGUACUUGUUCUUAAUACUUUUAAAUUAUAGAUUAAAGCAAGUCUCAACUACUGUAGUUAAUUAACUGUGUUUGUUAAUCAGGAUAUCGUGUUAGACGGCAGCCACCCUUUGUUCUUGUAUGGUUACGGAGGAUUCAACAUUUCUAUUACUCCAGCCUUCAGUGUUUCACGAAUCGUAUUUAUGCAACAUCUCGGAGGGAUAAUUGCUGUUCCUAACCUAAGGGGUGGAGGGUAAGUAUAGCUAAGUUGUACUUAAGAAUUGCUUUACCAAGGGCAAGGAAAAGUAUGUUUGCAUUUUCCCCACCCCAAUGCCCCCCCUCGCCCCGGCAGUAAAAUGACAAGAUUUGCUGAAAAUGGUGUCAAACCUCGUCCGCUUCUAAACUCGAAAGGGGAUUAGCACAGCCGGUUAGUGCGCCGUCUUUUGUGCGGUAGAUUCCGAGUUCCGGCGAUUCCCAAUCGUAACCUCACAUGCUUUUUACCCGUAGAACAGAGCACUGAUGGAAAGAGGAACGGAAGAGGGGGGGGGGGGGAGGUUGGCGUAAAAUGAGCGCGCCGUCGGCAUAUGAUAAGGAACUUCACCUUUUGACUUUUUGCGUCCGUAAAAGAAGAAUUGGGUACCAAAUUUUUCGCUAGAAAAGAGAGCGACUAUGUCUGACAGAAACCUGCACUAUGCCUCUCAUUUGUCGUCCCCACCCCCCCCCCCUCGAAAGGCAUUGCUCCCGUUCAAAAUUAAUGAAUUUCCGUUUAUCAAUAAUUUGUCGAGCAUCAGGACAAAAUGACCGUAGUUUUGGAUAUCGGCAAGGGUAAGUUUGGAAGAGAUUCAAAACGGCGUCUGAACUUGUAAAUCAUAAUUUUUGACCACAAUGUUUUGAAAAUAUAUUAAAGAAGUUGCCUAGAUGUUAAUGGUCCCUUAGUUUCCUGUGCAGUAGUUGUUAUGCAUCAUGAUAUUUACAUUAUGUCUGUUUCGUCUACAUAAAAGACGUGUUCAUGAAAAUAGUUUUUGUUUUGUUAUCUCCCUGCAGGGAAUACGGAGAAACAUGGCAUCAAGCGGGAUGCUUUGGGAACAAGCAGAAUGUUUUUGAUGACUUUCAGUACGCAGCGAUUUACCUAGCACAGCAAAAGUACACUUCGGCAAACAAGUACGUUUGUACUACUGCUUUUCUUGAUAUCCUAGGAGUUUGGAUGAGUUGUUAAAGUAUCUUUACACUUCUCAGCCCGUUCUUCCUGUCUUCCAAUAUGGAGCUAAACUUAUUUGUCUCGUUCCCAAGCUACAUUAUGGCGCGAAAAGCAGAGAACGCAGGGUUUUCUGGGAAGGACAAAACCUCGUAGCCGAGUGUUGUGCAUUCGUUCUACGACACCCCGUCCUCAUAUAGUUAAAGCAAAGAUUAACGUCCAGGGGUGAAGCAAUAUCUUUUUUGCGAUUGUUGUUAAUCGAUCAGCUGACCGCAGGAGAACCUUUUUGCGGUCACGAUUAUAGAUGCACGCAGUCAUAAAACUAUGAUCUGGUAGGAGUGCGAAAAGAAAGAGUAGUAAGGACCUGUUUACAAGAAGGGAGGGUUACCCUAGCACUCGCACAUUUCUUCUUUUUUACGCAACGUUUAUAAGGCAGAUAGGGUUACCCUGGAGUUAGGGUAACCCUACCUGAGGGCUAGGGUUACCGAAGAGCCAUGGCUCUUGGGUUACCCUAGCAAGAGGGUUACCUUAGCUAUCUUCUAAACGCCCUGCUAGGGAUAACUCGCCUAUACCCGGGACAACUUUGACUGUAUAGCGUGAUCAGAAAUCUUGAAAAUUUGAACGGAGUUAUCCAACUUUUCGAGCUAAAUUUUAAACAUCUGAACAAACGUGUUUAACAUGCAGAUCUCUAAGAUUUCGUUUAAAUCUUGGGCGUUACAAAGAAUGUGUAUUUUAUUCUUAUGGGGUGACGCACGACGAAACACGUCAGUCAAGCUUGUAAAGUUGACCUGUUUGAAAGGGGAACCCUGCUUGGGAAAUUUUGCUCGUAAACCAAAGGUAUCUUUAACCCUCUUGCUAGGGUAACCCGGCCUCUCACCAGGGUUACCCUCCCUGCUUGUAAACAAGCCCUAAGAUUAGGAACACACUUUUUUCACGCGCACUUCUUGCACUUUUGGCUCUUCGGCCUUGCAAGUCUCGCGCGCUUCCUUCCCAGACAUCCUUUGCACCUUAAUAAUAGGAGCAGCGAAAGGAAACGCCUAUCAGGCGGUCGUAAUGAUGAAACCAUUUCGGUAACAAUAUCAGUGCAAGUUAAAUGACUUUACUUCCUCUUGUCUGUCUAACGACAGGAUAACCAUCUGUGGUGGUUCUAAUGGUGGACUUUUGGUCGGUGCUUGUAUCAACCAGAGACCGGAGCUGUUUGGAUGUGCUGUCUCGCAAGUACCGUAAGUCACGGUUCAUUUUUAUUCCUUUAGCAUAGUCUGUAUUGAAGAAUUGAAAAUGUUUGUAAUAGGCCAGCUCAUUUGUCAGCUUUUGAACUCUUUUAAGUUCAGGACAACUUAGAAUUUAUAUUAGAAUGACUUUCGUCGUAAUUUUUAUGAGUUAAGAGCGCUCUAACGCCUAACAUUUUCACUGAUGUUUUUAUUUCUUGUGAGAUCCCUGAGACUAGUUUGCGUUACCUCGAUUUUGUACUCGACUAGUCCAAAUUUUUUGCUUGUCAAGUUUGUACAUUAUUUUUUGGGCAAUAGUUUAUUUGCACGAUGACGUCAUCAGUCUACAACUACCAGAAUCUUUCAGUUCGAUGUUUUUUUUGUGGAAACUAGGGUUUUGUUUCGUAAAUCUCGGUUUCAUAAAUCUCCCUUCUUGUACUUGAGCUUGUGCACUUUGCAUUCUAGUUCUUUAUGGAGAACUGAUACCACCAUUUUCGCCCCUCACCCCCUCUCAACUAAGUCCCCCGUCUCUAUUUCUGAAGCCCCCUCAAACGUGUUUGAAAUGAAUAAGGCCCCCGGGGGUUUAAUAGAGGAUUUACGGUAUUACCACUUUGAUGAUAAUAAAUGGCGUCCACGUAUUUAUACGUGCGGCACUUUUUGCAACCAUUUCCCGAAUUCGUCAAUACUAGGACGUAUGUUUUAGCCAGUUCUUUGAACUCUACUAGUGUCCUUACGGAACUGAAAACAUGCUUAUGAUUCUUUGAAUUCUAUUAUUACUUUUGCAGAGUCAUGGACAUGCUGAAGUUUCAUAAGUUUACCAUCGGCCAUGCCUGGUAAGUAAGCUUUAAAAAACAUUGAUAUAAAGAAACGUUUAUGAUACUGCUUCCAAUUUGAGUAAUUGAAAACGUGUCUUCUUUGUUUGCAAAGGACAACUGAUUAUGGUAGUCCCGACAAGAAGGAAGACUUUGAAUGGCUGAUCAAGUGAGUUGCUUUCUUUCCUAAUAGAAAUUAAACAUUAUUUUCCCUCUCCUUUCGUGAAGUUCCUCCUCAACUUAAAAAGGUUUUUGAUUUAUUUCUGAGAGACGUUUUCUGUUGCUGCUAGACUGGAUCUCCUGCUCUCAGCUUCUAAUUAGUGAGCGGAGAGAGAUUCUUGGCGACGAACGAAAGAAAAACGUGAACUUUAAUAUUAUAAAAUGAAAGAACCCUUAUUGUGAAGGUUUCAUGUUAACGCAAAGGAUCAUUGGAAGGGUAGCUUUUCCUAAGGUGACUUGUGCUUUUUUAAAAUUGUUCCCAAGUUUGCGUUCGAUCCACAGAGUGAUAGGUAUGAGGCAUUGAGAAAAUCAAUCUGGACGGAAAAACUGUUUAUUCCCUAUUAUAAUCAGUUGUCAUUUAUCGAACCAUUGAUUAGCUUGUUGAAGUAUUAAUCGUGUGAUUAACUAAUUGAUUUUUAGAUAUUCCCCUUUACACAAUAUCAAGAUUCCCGACAACGGAGCACAAUAUCCAGCGCUGCUGCUAUUAACCGCUGACCAUGAUGAUCGUGUUGUUCCACUCCAUUCUCUGAAGUACAUCGCCGAGUUGCAUCAUCGUAUUGGCGGUUACGAAAAACAGGUACCGUAAAUCCUCUAUUAGCCCCCACCCCCCCCCCUCAAAUAAGCUCCCUCUCUCCAAUGAGCCCCUCCUUUUAAGGGGAAGAAUAAGCCCCCCGGGGGGCUUAAUGCAUAACAGGAUUUACGCUAACAAUACGGUUUUUUUUCUAUAGAGGAAAAUUUUCUUUUUAAUAACAUCUCAGUCGACCCUCGCAUGUAUUUUCCUUUGCAGACAAACCCGUUGCUUAUAAGAGUGGACACAAAAGCCGGUCAUGGAUUUGGAAAGCCUACUGCCAAAAUUGUAAGUCUGAUUAGUUUGCACAGGGUUCCCAACAAGUUUUUCGGGUGCCGGAAUUUACCUUAUUUGAAAGCCAGUAUUCAGGAC